AUGGCGGCUCACGAAGACCCCGCCAGCAAACAAGGGCUCCUGGGAUCCACGUCCACGGAGCAUCAUGCCGAUUACUCCUCCACCGACUCCGACUCCGACCCCAACGGCAAUGUUACAGGUACACCCGUCAACACCAACACCAACACCAACACCAACACCAACACCAACACCAGGAACCGAAUUCAGAAUCGCAUCCUACAACAAGCCCGAAAACGCCGCACACGUGCACCACCACUCACCAACCGAACCCCCUCCUUCCAACCCUUGUCCACCCGCAAAUCAUGGCUAGCCCGCCGCAGCAGAUGUUGGCUCAUCUGCAUCUCCUUCGGCCUCAUCCUCUUCGUCAUCCUUUUGGUAGGCGGAGGUCUAGGCUACAAGGCCGUAGUCCAAGAACCUCCCUACGGACUUUCACCACCAUGGUACCCCUCCCCCAAGGGCGGGAUCGCGGGCACUUGGUAUGAGUCCUAUCAAAAGGCUUCUGCCUUGGUAUCUAAAAUGACGCUGGCCGAAAAGGUGAACAUAACCACCGGCGUAGGCUGGCAAAUGGGUUUGGCGGUAGGCACCACCGCCCCUGCUGUCCUCGUUGGGUUUCCCGCUUUACAGCUGCAGGAUGGACCGCUGGGAAUCAGGAAUGCAGAUAACAUCACUGCUUUUCCUGCUGGAAUCACCGUCGGCGCAACGUGGAAUCGGCAGUUGAUGUAUGCCCGCGGAAAGGCGCACGCUAUUGAGGCCCGGGCAAAGGGCGUAAACGCGAUUUUGGGACCAUGUGUCGGUCCACUAGGUCGAAUGCCAGCUGGCGGUAGGAACUGGGAGGGGUUUGGAUCCGAUCCUUACCUCCAGGGUAUUGCUGGUGCGGAGACCAUCAAGGGGAUUCAAUCCGAGGGUGUGAUGGCUACUGUCAAGCACUUCAUCGCCAACGAGCAGGAACACUUUCGUCAACCGUGGGAAUGGGGCAUUCCAAACGCGAUCUCCUCGAAUGUGGAUGAUAGAGCGAUGCACGAGCUUUAUGCAUGGCCGUUUGGAGAUGCGGUCAAGGCCGGCGUGGCGAGUGUUAUGUGCUCGUAUAACAUGGUUAAUAACAGCUAUGCGUGCGGGAACAGUAAACUCCUGAAUGGCAUCCUCAAAGACGAGCUAGGGUUCCAGGGGUUCGUGAUGAGUGAUUGGUUGGCUCAGCGGGCGGGCGUUAGUACCGCUUUGGCGGGGCUGGAUAUGACGAUGCCUGGUGAUGGACUUCGGUGGGCGAAUGGCGAGUCACUAUGGGGGAAGGAACUCAGCAAGGCUGUAUUGAACGGGAGCGUUCCCGUGGAGAGGAUGGAUGAUAUGGUUACGAGGGUGGUGGCGGCUUGCCCCGGAAGCCCGACGGACCAGGAAGAGGUGGUGGUUAAUCAGUUUGUGGACGUGCAGGCCAAUCACUCGGUUAUUGCGAGGCAAGUGGCUGCUGAGGGGACUGUCCUACUCAAGAAUGAGGGUGCUGUCUUGCCACUUACCCGACAAGGACUACGCAAACGCCAGGACGCCAACACCACCUCCGACGACAGAGUAAAAAUCGGGAUCUUCGGCGAAGACGCCGGUCCCAUCCCCAGUGGUCCCAACGCCUGCAAUGACCGCGGCUGCAACGAAGGCACCCUAGGAUCAGGCUGGGGCUCAGGGGCCGUCGAAUUUCCUUACCUCGUCACACCAGUUGAAGCUCUCCGCAAGGCAUUCGAUUCGUCAAAGGUUCAGCUCCACGAAUACCUCUCCAACUCCCUCCUCACCUCCGAAAAGGCCGUGAUCUCCGACCUCGACCUCUGUCUCGUCUUCGUCAACGCCGAUGCCGGCGAAGGUUUCACAGCCUGGUCCAACGUCCGCGGCGACCGCCCCGAUUUAUUCCUCCAGAAAAACGGUGACACACUAAUCCAAUCCGUCGCAUCACAAUGCGGCUCCGGCUUCAGCGACGUCAUCGUGAUAAUCCACGCCGUCGGCCCCGUUGUGCUAGAGAAAUGGAUUGACCUCCCGCAGAUCAGAGCCGUGGUAUUCGCCAACCUCCCCGGUGAAGAAUCCGGCAAUGCCCUUGUCGAUAUCCUCUUCGGGGACGUGAAUCCGUCAGGCCACCUCCCUUUCACCAUCGGCAAAUCUCUCGAAGAUUACGGCCCCGGCGGCCAGGUCCUGUACUUACCCAACGGCGUCGUCCCGCAGCAAGAUUUCUCCGAGGGGUUAUAUGUGGACUAUCGCUACUUUGACAAAUACUCCAUCUCACCUAGGUACGAGUUUGGGUAUGGAUUAAGUUACACCACCUUCUCCCUGGGCAACGCUACUGUAAAAACCGUUCGUCCUAAAUCCGCCUUACCGUUUCCUAGGCUGGACGCCCUCGUUCCGCCACCGGAAUAUUCGAAAGAUAUCCCGCCUGUCGAAGAAGUUUCGUGGCCUGAGGGUGACGGCAAAGAGAUCAGAAGGCUAGACAAGUACAUCUAUCCCUAUCUAACCCCCUCCGAAGCAGCGGACGCUGUCGCCGCUCCCCAAAAGGGUAACCGGUACCCGUACCCAGAGGGGUACAACAUCACGCAGCCACUAAGUGAAGCAGGCGGUGACGAAGGCGGUAACCCCGAUCUUUGGCUGCCGUGCGUGAAAGUCACUGUGGACGUGACUAAUACUGGGUCACUUCCCGGUGCCGCUGUUCCUCAGCUUUAUAUGUCGUACCCUGAUUCCCAGUCCCAGUCCCAUCAACAAAGUGCGAGUAACGGAACUGAUGGCAAGGUAGACUUCCCAGUUAAAGUCCUAAGGGGAUUCGAAAAGGUGUAUCUGGAACCUGGGGAGACGAAAAAGGUGGAGUUUAAGUUGACGAGAAGGGAUUUGAGUUAUUGGGAUGUUAACUUUCAAAAUUGGAGGUUGGUUGUAGAGGGGAGUUAUGUUCUGAGGGUAGGGUUUAGUUCGAGGGAUUUGGGGGUUGAAGUUAGGUGGUGA